AUGAUUGUCGAUAGGAGUGGCCCUUUCAAGCAACAUCGAUCGCUAGUCCAUGAAUGGAAAUCUUUAGAAAAUUUAGUGAUUGAACGCCGAUUUGAGAAACUUCGAAUCUGGUUGCAAACACAGGCCAACACAAAUGCAACGUCACCUUUGACAUAUAGGAGAUUGAAGGAUUUCGAAAAGGCAAUAGUACAUUGGGAAAACGAUGGUGAUGUAAGCAACUGUCGGAUAUGUGACUCCGCCUUUACCUUCUUCAACAGGAAACAUCACUGUCGCAUCUGCGGCCGGGUCGUUUGUGCUGAUCUUUGCAUGGGAUGCUCAAUGCUGGUUCCAAUAGCUGUAUUGCAAGAGAUACUUGGCAUCUCUACAAGUGAAACAAGGGUACCCAGUGAGCUGGCAUUGCGGAUAUGCAUCGAUUGCAAAAGGAGCGGAUUGAACCGACGAUUGUUUGAAAUGGAUCAACGGAAAGCUAGCAAUGCACCAUUUGUGCAUGUUUAUAAUAAUUGGAAACUCCUGCAUGAGAAAGUAGAAUCCGAGGACAUGACCACCAUAAGAGAUGAGGGACAGAAUGUUAAACUGGUCACUCUUUUCUCAAAAUUGGAGAAAUUGAUAUCACAUAUCGAUGAGCUGAAGAGCAGCGUGGUAGAGGUUGAUGGAUUGAAAAUCUUGGAUAAUUUGAGAACUGUGAUUAUAGGCUACAUCAAAGCCAAGUUACCCAUAUUAAGAAAAGCCCAAGAUACAAAACUUGCAAAGGAACGGGAGCUACUACAGAAUAUAAUCAAUGGCAAACCCAAAUUGAGUAAACGUGAAAUCCGGUUAAAACGUGAAAAGUUGAUGGUUUUGAAUGAACAAAAGUUUUUGGUACAAGAAAUGUACCAAGAGUUAAAGAAACAUCGACGCUUUGAUGAUUUGAAAUCAUUAGAUGAAAAUUUACAUGAUAUAGAUAUCGAAAUUAAAAAGAUUACUGAAGAAUUGGGCGACGAAGCUUUCUGA